AUGAUGUUGAAUCCAGCCAAGUGUGCCUUUGGAGUUGGGUCUGGAAAAUUUUUGGGUCUGAUGGUCUCAAAACGUGGGAUUGAGGCCAACCCCGACAAGAUAAAGGCCAUCCUUGAUAUGGAACCGCCUAAGUCUAUAAAGGAUGUUCAAAAGUUAAUAGGAAGAAUCGCGGCAGUGGGACGUUUCAUCUCGAAGUCCGGGGAUAAGUGCUUGCCCUUCUUUAAGGCUUUGAAGAAAGUUAAAGAUUUUGAAUGGACAAGUGAGAGCCAGGAGGCCUUGGAGCAGUUGAAGAAGUAUAUGGCAGAGCCACUACUGUUGUCAAAGCCUGUAGAUGGAGAAACAUUAUAUGUCUACUUGGAUGUCUCUGAGAGCGCGGUCUUGGUUCGUGAGGAUCGAAAAAUCCAAAAACCUGUCUACUAUGUUAGUAAGAUUUUGCAUGGAGCAGAGCUCAACUAUUCUGUGAUUGAGAAGUUUGCCUUAGCCAUGAUUACAGCUUCAAGAAAGCCGAGACCUUACUUCCAGGCUCACAAAAUUGAAGUCUUGACAGACCAGCCCCUUAGGAACAUAAUGCAUAGCCCGAAGGCUAGUGGAAGAUUAAUCAAAUGGGCAGUAGAGCUCCGGGAAUUCGAAAUUCGAUACAAACCACGGGUUGCAAUCAAGGCUCAAGCUCUAGCUAACUUCCUCGUUGAAUGCACCAUUGACAACAAGGAAGUCGGGGGGCAGGAGAGUAAGGUAGAGGAACCCAAAGAAGAGGAGAUACCUAAAGAGUAUUGGUUACUAUUUUUUGACGGAGCUUCAAAAAUAAAAAAUAGUGGGGCAGGGCUGGUGCUCCGAAGCCUGGAUGGGUUCACGGUCGAGUACGCGAUCAAGUUAGACUUUCCAACUACCAAUAAUGAAGCUGAGUAUGAGGCUCUUAUAGCUGGAUUGGGAUUGGCGAGAACCCUGAGGGUUGAAAACCUGAAAGUCUGUGGGGACUCAAGACUUGUGCUGUCACAGGUUAAUGGAGAAUUUGAGGCACGAGAAGAAACAAUGCUGAAAUACUUGAGGAUUGUUAAAGCCCAGAUGACACAAUUUGAAGAAUGUUUGGUAGAAUAUAUACCCAGGGAAGAGAAUGCAAAGGCUGAUGCCUUAUCCCAGUUUGCAUCCUCGGAGAAUGAGGUGUGCUCGGGAAGUGUUUACUAUCAGGUUUUGAAAACCCCAAGUAUCAAUGCCAACCUGGUAGCCCCAAUUGACACGGGGGCCACUUGGAUCGAUGAAAUCAAAUCGUAUCUCGAAACUGGACACCUACCACCAGAUGUUGGGGAAGCACGAAAACUACAGGUAAGAGCUUUAAAGUAUGCACUGAUUGAGGGGAUUCUCUAUAAGAAGUCUUUUGUUAUACCAUAUUUGAAGUGUUUAAGGCCAGAUGAGGCCCGGGAAGCCCUAAAAGAGGUCCAUGAAGGAAUUUGUGGCCAACACCUAGGUGGGAGGCCUUGGGUUCUUUUGGCCAAAUAUGCUGAAGGAGGCGAAGGAUUAUGUUAA